AUGCAUUUUAAGACGCCCUUAUUGAUUCCGCUGGCUGCGGUUACUGGGGCCAUACAAGUUCGUGAUGUCGAGCCAUGCGCACAGAUCACCAAUCUGGUCUCGGAUGUCAAUCAGAGCCAAGUCGGCGCUAAAGUUCCCCACGAUUUGGCGUCUCAAUGUCUAAUGUCAAUGCCGUUUGACUCUGGGCGUGCGGUGACUUUCCUUGCUCAAGUUCGCAGAAUCCUUGAGUUCCAGUCGACUGUUGAUGUUUUGAAACAGCCUCCUUCUGGCUAUCAAAUGCGAUCUACGGACCUGCUUCGAGGGAUUGACACGAUUCAGGACAAAGUCAACAGCAAUGGCUAUUCGAGUCAAUUCGAAAUGGACCUGGAGGUUUCACAUCUCAUCAAGUCUGCAUAUGACGGACAUCUGAGCUUCCAACUAUGCUCGCAGUCCAUCUUCAGUUAUGAGCUUGACAUGCCGCUGGUGUCUAUUUCGACAGACGGACUUUCGCUACCACAGGUGUACACUCUGAGCGAUGCACAGCUUCGGCAAAAUGGCGCCAAUAACGUGUCACCCCUGGAAACUAUCAACGGCACUGCUGUGGCCGAAUACCUCGAAUCAUACGCCUCCCUCCAAAGUCUACAAGACCGCGAUGCGCAGUAUAACCGAGUGUUCCCGUCAUUAGCCCGCAGCGUCACCAAUACUCCGACCAACGCAAAUGGCAUCUGGUAUACCACAAGUGACUGGACUGACGGCUCGCGAUUGGACCUCAAGUAUAGUAAUGGGACAACUCAGACGGUGGAGAGAACAGCUACACCGUCAGAGAGAUACUUCUCUUACCAAAAUGGCACCGAGCUAUACACCGUCAAUUGCCUUCCCCAGAGCUUGCCAACCGCUUCCAGCUCCUCUUCGGGUGCCGAGGAGGCCUCCGUGGUCACUGGGCUCCCAGAUACCGAAUGGCGCAACUCAGAUAACUCCAUUGCGGGAUAUUUUUCCAACCUCACCGGCCUCGAAGACACAGGAAUCAUGUUCCUCCCUACCUUCUCAUCUAGCUCCCAGCAGACCGCGCAAAUCGCCACUGAUUUCUUGAAAAAUGCCACCGCGGCGGGUAAGAAGAACAUUCUGAUCGAUGUUGCCGCGAAUCCGGGUGGGUACAUGUCCCUUGGCAUCGACAUGUUCCGAAUCUUCUUUCCUGAUGCUUUCCCCUAUACCGCGACGCGGUACCGAGCGCACGAGGCUGCGAAGUACCUCACCAAGGCGUACUCUCGAGACGCCAAGCUGGACUCAAGUAACGUCUUUGCUUAUAGACAGAUGGUUCAGCCGAAUCAAAGAGCUGGGUUUAGCUCCUGGCAAGACCUUUAUGGUCCCCACGAAAUUCUGGACAGCCCCUCUUCAAGCUUGAUGGCUAACUUUAACUACACCGCGACAUCAACUAAUAUCUACCCCAUUAAUGGUUAUGGGCCUGCUCCGUUGAAUCCUAGUCGCAGUUUGUUCGCAGCGGAGAACAUUACCAUCAUCACUGAUGGCGACUGCGUCUCAACCUGCGCCUUCUUCGUCAAACUCAUGAAACGCCAAGGCGUUCGCACCAUUACGUUCGGCGGUCGCCCCAGCCAAGCACCCAUGCAAGGCGUUGGCGGCGUAAAGGGCGGCCAGUCUCUGGGCAUCAAUUACAUUAACGGCUACAUCACACAAGCGAACCAGUUGAUUCAGAAGUCAGCCAAUACCUCAACGCCUCUUCUUACAUCUACCGAGUGGAAGAAGUUCAACGAGUCCAGCCCCAGUUUGGCACCGUCAUUCGCAUGGAGUGGUAGCGUCAAUUUACGCAAUGAGUACGAUCCCAAUGAUGAUCAGACUCCGUUGCAGUUUGUCUACGAGGCUGCAGAGUGCCGGCUGUUUUAUACACUCGAAAACUAUCUACAGCGUGAGACUGUCUGGCAGGCAGCUGCGAAGUCGAUGUUUGGGAAUGGGGGUUGUGUGGAGGGGUCGACAGGUGGAGAAGGGAGUUUGGAUUCUUAA